AAGGAACAUCAACUGCAAGCAAUGAUUAUACGGUACCCAACAGCGGGUGCCUUUCGUCCCAAUCACCUCAGUACCGUAUGUCUCCCAUGUCUCCUUCAGAUAUCCCGACCAGCAUCCCGCUCGCUGAGGAGAAAUUUCUCCAGGAAAUCGAACGUUCAAGCUGCCGCAGUGACCGGAACAGCACCAAGAUUACGAGCUGAAUAUUUUUCUCCCAAUUCCUUGCUCGAAAAAGCACGCUUGACGACGAAGAGAGGGAAUUUAACAUCGACGAUACAACAUGGGAGCUCAAUUGCAGCUGAGAAUGAAGCUACGAAGCUUCCUUCAAGCUCCAGAGCUACCACCCCUCCUCGAACACCAGCUCAAGACCUCCCUCAUCGACGAAGACAAGCAGCCCGCAAAGCAUCAGCAGGUGCCGACCUUGUCCUUCCACAGAACUCGUCCUCGACGUUGACCGAAACGGCCUCCCAAGCUCCCUCAAACUCCAUCCGAAGAUUAAUACCCGUCCUCCUCUCCCUCUCGAAACCACGACUCUCCAUCCUCGUCGUCCUCACAGCAUGUGCAUCCUACAGCCUCUACCCCGUCCCCGAGCUCCUCCUUCCCUCCGCAACCGACACCCCUUCGCUCUCACCACUCACUCUCCUCUUCCUCACCACCGGCACAACGCUCUGCGCUGCAUCCGCGAACGCCUUCAACAUGCUCUACGAGCCCAAAUGGGACGCCCUGAUGUCCCGAACGAGAAAUAGGCCUUUAGUACGAGGCCUGAUAUCCACACGCGGCGCAGCCCUAUUCGCCAUCCUGGCCGGGAUGGGUGGAGUUACAGCCUUAUACUACGGCGUGAACCCCACCGUAUCCUUCCUCGGCGCCCUGAACAUCGCUUUAUACGCAGGCGUCUAUACGCCUUUGAAACGGGUGUCAGUGAUCAAUACAUGGGUUGGAGCCAUCGUGGGUGGGAUACCGCCCUUGAUGGGAUGGACCGCUGCAGCUGGGCAAUCAGCUACACAUGGGGACUGGAAAGAAUUGCUGCUCGGUGAGCAGAAUAUCGGGGGCUGGUUGCUGGCAACUUUGUUGUUUGCGUGGCAGUUCCCGCAUUUCAUGUCCCUGUCCUGGUCCAUCAGGGAAGAAUACAAGAACGCGGGCUACAAGAUGCUCUGCUGGGUAAACCCCGCCCGAAACGGACGAGUCGCCCUUCGAUACAGUGUUCUAUUUUUCCCGAUCUGCAUCGGGCUGUGUUACUACGGGGUCACAGAGUGGAGCUUCGCGGUAGCAAGCGCGCCGGUCAAUGUCUGGUUGGUGAGGGAAGCUGUGCGGUUCUGGAAACUGGAGGGCCAUAGGGGAAGCGCGCGAGGCUUGUUUUGGGCGAGUGUGUGGCACCUGCCAGUUGUUAUGAUAUUGGCUAUGGUGGAGAAGAAGGGCAUGUGGCAGCGCGUAUGGAGAGCUGUGAUGGGUGAGCCUGAGCUGGAUGAGGAGGAUUGGUUAGAGGAGGACGAAGAGGAUGCUGUGUUGUCAGCCAAGGAGGAAUGA